AUGCAGUUUUCCAGCAAGUCAGAGGCAGCCAGAACAGUCCCAAGGCCAAGCUCUCCAACCUCCAAAUCCUCCAAAUCUUCCACACCUUCUUCUUCUUCUUCUUCCAAAUCCACAACACCAAAAGCCAGACUGCCCAACUCUCAGCCGCCACCACCACCACCACCAGCAGCUGCAGUGGCAAAGACAACCCUCAAACAAGAACUCAACCUACCUCUCAAGUCCAGCAGUACAACACCAAAAAAACCUACCAUUCCAAAGAUCAGGCCAAACUCCAACUCCAACAUGAACCCUAGAAGCAGCUACAGAGUUGUUGCUGCUGCGGCGCCGAAGACCAAAGGUUCCGAUAACGCGGCGCCGGCGCCAGUAUUGAUCUCGACAACGAAUGUUGCUCCGACGACGAAAGCUCAUUUCGCGCCGAGCGCGGUGAGGGGGAGGAGGAUCGAUGUUCGACCGGAUAAUAGCACGAAUAAGAGCGCUAGUACUCCGUCGACGGCGGCGCAAAAGGAGUGUGUGGGAGUGGAGAAGGUGAGGAGUGGAAGGAGAGAGAGAGAGGUGGAGAGGAGGAGGAGCAAAGAGCAAGGAGUGGAGCUCAAGGGAAGGAGAGUUUAG